GCGCAUGCGCCCCGCGCAGCAGUUGGCCGGCGGUGUGUGGUGGGGCGGGCGAUGCGGCUCGGCUGAGCUCGGCUCGAGCUGAGCUGUCUGCCGGCCGGCCCUAUGGCCGCCGUGUUUCUCGUCACACUUUACGAGUACUCUCCGCUUUUCUACAUCACGGUGGUGUUCGUCUGUUUCCUCGUCACCAGCGGCCUGGUGCUGGGCUGGUUUGGUUUGGGUGUCCCUGUUAUUCUCAGAAACUCAGAAGGAACAGAAUCCAGCACGAGAGUACUGAAGAAGCGAAUGAGACAAGUGAAGAAUCCUUUUGGUUUAGAAAUCUCUCAUCCUGACACAGCUUCUGUAACAAGGGGUAUAACACUGAUACCUGACUGUCUGGAAGACUGUGUUCUUACGUGCUACUGGGGCUGCAAUGUUCAAAAACUCCAUGAAGCGUUACAAAAACAUGUCUACUGCUUCAGAAUAAAUACUCCUCAGGCGCUAGAGGAUGCUCUGUACGACGAAUAUCUCUAUCGACAGCAAUACUUCAUAAAAAAAAAUGACAAGGAAGAAAAAUAUUGUCAGCUACCAGAAGAUGCUCAAGUUGUCGAUUUUGGCCCAGUGCCUAGACUUUGCUAUCCAUUGAUAGCGCUGCUGACAUUAGCUGACGAAGAAGACAGGGAAAUAUAUGAUAUUAUUUCAAUGGUGUCUGUAAUUCAUGUUCCUGAUGAGAGCUACAGACUUUCCUGCAGAAUAUUAUAUCAGUAUCUGCUUCUAGCUCAAGGCCAAUACCAUGAUCUGAAGCAGCUCUUCAUGUCUGCAAAUAGUACUACACCACCUUCAUGUGGUACCUCUCCAGAUGAGAGAAGCACCGACAGAAGCUUGCUGGAGAAGGCUGGACUGGCUGAAGAUGAACCAGAAUUGCAUGAAGAAAACAGUAAAGACUGCGUUGUAUGCCAGAAUGGCACAGUGAACUGGGUACUCCUACCCUGCAGGCACACGUGCUUGUGUGAUGGCUGCAUUAAGUAUUUUCAGCAGUGUCCAAUGUGUAGGCAGUUUGUUCAAGAGUCUUUCCCACUCUGCAGUAAAAAGGAGCAAGAUGAAGAUGAAUCAACCCAGAUCUUGCAAGAUGUUCAUCCUGGAAGAGUUUUUUAAUGGAGACAAAAAUAAAAGAACUGGGUUGUGUGCACCAAGGUUAAAUGUAGAGAACAGACUGUUUAUGGGAGGACAUCUAGCAUUAACUUGUACAGUUUUCCUUUUCAUUGCUAGGCAAUUUUCAGCUUCCUUAUGUGUCUUCACUCCAUAUGCUCACAGGAACAUUACAUUUCUCUGUGCAAUGUGGACAGAAGAAGUGUGUAGGAUAUACUUGAAGGAUGUGAUUAUUUUUAUAGCUGCUUACUAAUUUUUCAUGGAGUACUACUGCAGGCUGUUUUGAUUACUAAAUUUAGCUUUAUCUACUUGCAAACAAAACUUGCAAGUGAAGUUGAAGUGCACACAGCUUAUUCAGUAUUUAUUAUAUUUAAAAUAUUAGAGCAAUAUAUCAUCUUAAUUCCUUAUAAUUUAGAAACCUGGCACUUUACAGAGCGUGACAAAUGAAGGAAAGGGUGCAUUCUUCGUAGUCAAACCCAUGUAUAUUUAUUUUGUAGACACGGGCUGUACUGUGACAGGAGCUAGAAGGAGAAGUUGCUCAGGACACUGUUUGGGGGCUAUUUUGAAAUGAUGUGCAUGUGAAGGGCCUGAGCCAAAGCCCUGUGGAACCAGUGGAAAGGGUUUUGUUGCUAUUUGUUGCCUUGAACUAAACCUUGCUGACAUUUUCAAGCCUGAACUGCUACUACUGUGUCAUCUUGUGACAGAUUUUCAAUCUUCUGGCAAUGGCUGCAAGAACUUGUUCUCCAUACAAAUGUUAGUUAAUUACUCCACGGAGUUACUUGAGCAGUUUUGCUGUGCUGUUCUUACGUGAGUUGCUUGCUUGGGGAAUUUCCAGUUCUGUUUACUUGCAUUGUCAGAUUGGAUGAGAAGUUGACCAUUACUUUUUCUUUUAUCAAUAGUCCCAGGACAUUUGCUUACUCUAAUAAAGAAGGAAGCUAAAGAACUGUUGAAAACUA